GACGAGUCGUGGCAACAUGUCUGAAAGCUCGUCGCUUCUCCGCAACACCCAGGAAGCCCCCGCGGUCAACGAACGUCCUUGGUGGUUCAAGUAUGCCCUCGCGGGCGGCGCCAUCGUGGUCAUUGGCGGCAUUGUGUGGAUUGCCACCGCCCAAGGCAAGCCUGUCGUCGCGAUCGGGCCACAAGGCCAAGCAGGCCCUGUCAACACCACGACGACGGGCGUUCCUGUUACGACGACCACGGCCGUGCCCGUCCCUACGACGACGACAUUGGCUCCCGUGACUACCACCACAGCCCCGGAGACGACCGCUGCAACGACAACGGCCAACGUGACGGCGGUCCCGAACACGACCGCUCCCGACACGAUUGUAGCCCCAGUCCCGGCGCAAUUUGCCGCGUUCUUCAAGGACAUGGAAUCCAAGUUGGACCGCUCCGUCAACCCGUGCGAUGACUUUUACCACUACGCGUGCGGCGGGUGGCUCCACGCGACGACGUUGAAGGAAUCCGACUCGUCGGUCGACUCGUCGUUUUAUGUAAUCAACCAGGACAACGAGCGCAUUCUCAAGGACAUCCUAGCGACGAAACCCGCCCUCGUCGACCCGUUCUACCAAGCGUGCCUGACCGAAGGCGACGUGAAUGCCGACGCCGUCGUCGACGUCAGCCUCCGUCUCAACCACAUCGUGUCCAUCGAAUCGCUGGACGAAUUGAUUGCUUUUGCCGGUGUCCUCAACACGGAAUCGUCCGUGUCAUCGUUCUUUGACGUCGGUGUCUCGACCGACUCGAAGAACUCAACGCUCAACGUCGUGGCGCUUGCCCAGGGUGGCUUGACGUUGCCGUCCGUCGAGUACUAUGCGGCCGACAAGAUCGCGCCGUACGUGGCGUCGCUGCAAACGUACUUGACCAAGUUGGAAAGCGUCGAGGCUUUCACGGGCGUGACGGCGUCGGCGCUCCUCGACGUGGAGGCACAGCUGGCCAAGAUCUCGCUGACCCAAGCCGAGUUGCGCGAUCCGUGGGCCACGUACCACAAGUUUACGCUUGGCGAAGUGACUGCCAAGUAUCCGUUGGUCGCGAGCUUCUUGAAGGGUGCGCAGCCCACGCUCGUCAAUCAAACCAACGUCCCGGUCGUGAUCCCGACCCCCACGUACUUUGACGCGCUCGCGGGGCUGCUCCAAGCGACCGACUUGUCUGCGUUGAAGGCGUACUUGAGCUUCCGCGUGAUCCACGCUGCGAGCACGUACCUCGGCGAGACAUUCCGCGUAGCCAACCAUGACUUCAACGGUGUCUUGCAAGGCCAAGUGGCUACGCAAUCUCGCGCCGAGUUUUGCUUGGCGCUCACGCAAACGCUUUUGGGCGAACACUUGGGCAAGCUCUUCAUGGACAAGGUGUUUGACGGGGCGACCAAGGCGCAGGCAAAGGACUUGAUCCAGCAGAUCGAAGACUCGAUGGUCGACAUCCUCAACGGUGCCGCGUGGCUCGACGCACCGACGCGCCAGGUCGGCCUCGAAAAGGUCGCGCAGAUCCGCAACUUCAUCGGCGGCCCCGACGCGGUCGCGCCGCUCCCGUUCAACUUGACCUCGAGCUUCUACACGAACGUGAAGCUGUUCGCCGACUGGACGACCGCCAAGUCCUGGGCCUCCCUCAACGAACCCGUGGACCAGACCAAGUGGGAUAUGUUUGCUUACACCGUGAACGCGUACAACGACCCGACGGCCAACAAGAUUGUGUUUCCUGCCGCGAUUCUCCAGCCGCCGUUUUACAACGCUCGGUCGUUCCCGGCAGUGGCCAACUAUGCCCGCAUCGGGAUGGUCAUGGGCCACGAAUUGACCCAUGGCUUUGACGACGAAGGCCGCAACUUUGACCCGAAAGGGCAACUCAAGUCGUGGUGGUCGGACAGCGUCGGUGCCACGUUCGAGAAGAACGCCCAGUGCUUGGCUGACCAGUACUCGACGUUCCCGAUCGUGUCGGUGGAUGGCCACACGUUGCUCGGCCACUUGAACGGACAACUCACGCUCGGCGAAAACAUUGCCGACAACGGUGGCCUCAAGCUCGCUUACCAAGCGUACCAACGGGCGAAGAAGGCGAACGCUGCGAUCGCUGACAUCGGCGCAGACGACGCCCAACUCUACUUUACGGCUUUUGCGCAAGGGUGGUGCCAAAAGCGAUCGGACGGCAACGCGAUCCUACGCAUGAACACCGACCCGCACUCCCCCGGCAAGUGGCGCGUCCAUGGCCCCCUGUACAACUCGCAGUACUUUGCGGAUGCGUUCAAGUGCCCCGUCGGGUCCCCCAUGAACCCCGCCAAGAAGUGCACGGUCUGGUAGAAGUGUUGGGGUGAACACGCCAUCGUUGAACGUCUUGCUGUUGUUUCGCCUUCAUUCCCGCCGUUUGACAAUAUCUCCAAAGCCAUAUUAACGUCACGUAGCCCAAGCGGGAGGUGUGUGCUGCGAUGUCGCAAUGUAGUUCUUAGCGGCGCCGUGUGC